GUUGUUCAUCUAAGAGCUACCGGAGGUGCUCCAAUUCUGAAACAAUCUAAAUUCAAGAUUUCAGGGACUGACAAGUUUGCCAAAGUGAUUGACUUUCUAGGACGGCAGCUUCACUCCGACUCAUUGUUUGUCUAUGUAAACAGCGCUUUCUCGCCAAACCCGGAUGAAUCAGUAAUUGAUCUCUACAAUGUAAGUAUUUUCCUUUUUCCACUGGUUCAAUAUAGUUUGUAUUUGAACUUUGGGAUUGAUGGUAAACUGGUGGUCAACUAUGCUUGUUCCAUGGCAUGGGGCUAA